AUGGCGCCCAGUGAGGGUGAUGAUGAACUAUUCGGCACCGGUGGUGAGGAUCUGAGAAGCAUAUAUGCAGUAGAGAUUGCCAAGUUCCGAAAGCGUGUUGGGCCAAUUCUGCAAAAAUAUCCACGUUACGAUACCGAUUUUGCUUUGCUUCGCUGGCUUAGAGGCUGCAAAUAUGAUAUUGGAACCGAAAACACCAAAGAACGCUAUCCUAGUUGGUGUAUCUGGGUAAAAACGGUGUAA